GACUUCGUUUAUCGUUAUCGACAGUGUCAUUCAAUUGUGAAGGCUUCGGUUCAAAAUGUAAAAACUCGUGUUAUCGAUAGUAAACAUUGUUUUUAUCCAUCCCCAAUGUUGAUAGCCGGUACAGGAAAUUGAUGGAAUUUGUUGUGGACUGAAUUAACAAAAACAAACAAUUUUUAAAUAUACCGGGUUUUAACAGAGAAUUCCUUAAACAUAUUUAUAUUAAAAUUAUUAAAUUUCCCGUAUUGCACUGGAUCAUUUUUAUAUUGUAAAAAGGAGUGUCAUGUAGAAUGUGUACCAUAAAAGUUUGAUAGUGUACAUACGUAUGUAUGCUACGUAGAAAAUCGACAAAGGUACCGAAAAUGAUAAACAUCCCAGAUUGGAUGCAGUCUAAAAAUUUUUCUAAAGAAUUUUCUUGCUUAAGUAAUUAACAUUAUAAUCACGCAACAUAUACAUAUAUAAAUACUAAAUUUAUUCAAAACAACAUAAAGAGCCGUGACUUGCCAGCAGUUUCAUAAAAUCCCUUUAUCUUAAAGGCAUAUUUGACAACUAACCUCCUCGUUUCGUAAAUUUGACAGUAUUGAAAACUGUUUCAACUAUUAAAACCCAGCCCUCUUUUAGCUUAAAAGCAAGAUACCAUUAUUAUGUCUACACAAGUAUCAUCAAAUAUUUUAAAUGACGCAAACUCUCAAGAAAUUAUUCGGAAAAUGAAUACUUCGAAAAAUCAUAAAAUAAUUGAGAAACCAAAACCGCUACCCCUAUCAGAGGAUCCUCGGACACUGCAAUUGGCUUUGGAGCUUUCAUUAGUCGGCUUAAAUGACAAUCAGCCAUGUUACACACAAGCUUCACAAUCUAUAUCUUUACCUUUGACGACACAAAAUAACUUUGAUUUAAAUAAUUUGAAUGUGUCUGCAUUUUCAAAACCAUUGUCACAUAAUGGACUUUUAUUGCCCAAUACCGCUAUUGCAGUUUGUGUAGAUGAUCGAUCAAAGAAGUCUCAAAAUAUGACGGAAUGUGUUCCAGUUCCCAGUUCAGAGCAUGUUGCUGAAAUUGUUGGUAGACAGGGUUGCAAAAUAAAGGCCUUGAGAGCCAAAACCAACACUUAUAUCAAGACACCAGUUCGAGGAGAAGAGCCUGUUUUUGUGGUAACUGGCCGAAAAGAAGAUGUAAAUAAGGCUAAGCGGGAAAUACUAUCUGCUGCUGACCAUUUUAGUUUAAUUCGCGCAUCAAGGAAACCUUUAAGCGAUGGACAAAACAGCGGAUCAGUAGAAAGUGGUUCCUGUAGCAACGUCAGUACAAUUUCCCGAAUGCAGGCCGGUCCUCCAUGCAUCCCUGGCCAAAUUACUAUUCAAGUUCGAGUACCGUAUCGAGUUGUGGGACUGGUUGUUGGGCCUAAGGGUGCAACUAUUAAACAUAUACAACAUGAAACUCAAACAUAUAUUGUUACACCGUCACGCGAAAAAGAACCUAUUUUUGAAGUUACUGGCUUGCCAGGCAAUGUAGAUUCUGCACGAAAGCAGAUAGAGGCACACAUUGCCCUUCGCACUGGUUCAGGAUUUGGGAAUUUUGCUGCUAAUAUCGUACAAGAUGGUGAAUCUAUUGAUCAUAAUGAUUUUGGAAGUUUACCUCCAAUAAAUUCUCUUGCACAAAUACUGAACGAUGAUUUAAAUUCCGAAAUAUUGUCAUCUAUAUAUACAAAUUCUAUACAAUCUGCAGAUUAUUUAGAUAACAAAAAUAAUAGCAUUGGAAACGAAAUAGAUAAUCUAAAUAUUAAAAAUAUUGAACCUUUGCAAUGCCAUCACGUAAGUAACUGUAAUGAGAAAACAGAGUUUACUGAUUUAGAUUUAAUAUCACCUAUAACGGCAAUAAGUACUUCUGAUAAACAUGUAGCGAAAAAGCAAAAUGUUUUUCGUAAUGCGACAAGCAAAGCUUUGUCUUUUUUUCCGCCGGCAUCAACCUCUGCAUCAAUACAAUCGAACUCUGCAGCAACUAUAUUAACACGAUCUUGUUCAUCUGCAUCCUCUACUACUUCAACGAAGAGUAUGAAUAAUAGGCCCAACACGCCACCAGAAAUUGUAAAUAUAUGGAAAAACAUAGGAGAUUCCAUUGACAUCGAUGAGGGGAUAGGCGAUUCGCCUAGCAUUUGGAAUCAACCAAAUAAUAUUUUACCCACCGCUCAUUGCUCACCUACUGCUUCAAUAAGUCCAACAGACUCACUACUAGGCUUUGGCGACCACGGAUCAAAUAAAACAAAUCUUUAUAAAACAAAGGAGACAUUUUCCAACAACUAUCAAAAAACUCAAUCCAAUCAAGUCCAGCCCUCUGCGGAUAAAUUAUCUAUUCUCCGCGAAUGCUUUGUUUGCAAUGAAAAUGAAGUUACAACUGCUUUAGUUCCCUGUGGUCACAAUAUGUUUUGUAUGGAAUGCGCUAAUCAGAUUUGCCUCUCCAUAGAUGCAAUUUGCCCAGUUUGUAAUUCAAUCGUUUAUCAUGCUAUGCGAAUUUUAGGGUAAUUUUUUAAAAUUGUUUAUUAGGUUAAAUAUUUAGAUUUUUUACUUAACGAUGGGCAGUAUCAUGCAUUGGAAGCAUUUCAAUGUAUUGAGUACCGACAUUCAUGGUUCUUUGUUUCACCCUCAUAAUAUUUGGCUCUAUAAGUUUCGGUUCCUCUCGAAGUUAGCUUUCUUUUCGUGUUUUAACUUUUGUGUUGAAAACAAGAAUAUUUUUACGUUUUUUUUACGACACGUAAAAUGCAUGUUUUUAUACUCUUGCCGAGGCUAUUAUAAUUUUUGUGAAAAGUGUGCAACGCAGUAAAGGAGACAUCUCCGACCCAAUAAAGUACUCAAUCGGGACCCUAUAAAGU